ACGGAAUAACACUGCUAAAUACACACAACAGUUCCGUAUCAUCAUUCUUUUUCUGCCAAAUGGAAUCAGAUGCAUCUGAACAACAACAACAAACCGGCAGAAAGAGAAAACGAAAAACUAAUCAUUGUGAAGAAUCGAACCAGCGAGCUCGUCAAGAGGAGAAAGUAAAAGAUGUAACUGACAGUGACAUCAUGUCAUCAAAGAGAGUGUACGCUGAAGGAGAAAGAGAAAGAUCGCAGAGUCCGUCAAAGGAAAAAAAGAAAACAUUCCUCAGACAAUCCAAACUACCAACGUUCCUUGGACAUGUUGGAAAGAAGACACCCCCAAGCAGCCCAGCCAGAUUACUACAAUGCCAUCGUGAUAUUCAAGAAUACAGAAAUGGGUAUCCUGAUAAAGAAGAUGAUAAAAGUCUGAUUGAUAACCUGAGGUUUUAUAAAAACGAGAUCCAAUCCAGACCCAGAGGUGACUUCAUUGAUGAUAUUCACAAACAUUGGUAUGGUGACUACAGUCGGUUGGAGGAACAUCAUGGGUACAUACAGUGGUUAUUUCCUAUAAGAGAGCAAGGAAUGAAUUGGAAAUCCCAAGAACUUCAACAACAUGAAGCAAAGAAAAUCAUCGCGAGUGAAGACGCUAGCAGGAGACUUAUAAAGUCAUAUCGAAUGAUGCUUGAUUUCUGGGGCAUGCAUCUUGAAGACGAGAAGACUGGAGUCAUAGUACGAGGAGACAACUGGAAAGAAAGAUUCACACAUCUUAAUAGGUCUUACCAUAACUACUUGAGAAUUACUAGGAUGCUGAAAUCUCUCGGGGAGCUUGGCCAAGAACAUCUCAAGGCUCCGCUCCUUACAUUCAUCUUACAAGAAGUGAUUAAGACUAGAACUCUCAUUAAUGCCAAGAGAAGCUGCUUGAACUAUUGGAUCCACACAAUACUUGAGGAGAAGACGAGACAAAGUGUCUUAACUCUUGCUGAUGAUUUAUGUAAGAAGUACACAUCAUGACCAAAGUUGUAGUCUCAGUUCCCAUCUCGAAUUCAUCCUACAAGAAGUGAUCAAGAAUAUAACCCUCUUUGCCAAGGGAAGCUGCUUAAAGGCACUGGACAUCUUUAGUAGUUAUCAAAAACUGAUUACAUAUUUUGCAUGACAUAGACACAAAAUAAAUAAAACGCUCACUAUUUUUUACAAUUUCCCCGGUGCUUUUAAUUUCCCUAGUGUGGGAUAAUAAAGUUCUUAUCUUAUCUUAUCUGAGCAGUAAACUUCCAAUAGGAAAUUAGUUUUAUUUAUUUU